AUGAGGAUUGUUCAAUAUAUUAUGAUAAGUUCAUUAUUUAUAAUACAUGUACUUAUAUAUCCUAGUAUGUGUACAUUUUAUCCUAUGGAUGCAUGUACGUAUAAUAUAAUUAAGCAUAGUAUACAGUCAUCUGUAGACUUAAAAUAUGAAUUGUGCUUGGAUAGGAUAGAAGAAGUAAUAGAAGAUAUAAAUAGUUUUAAUAGUAUAAAUAAUUAUAUAAAAACGAAUAUUACCAUAUUAGGAAAUAACCGGUAUUUAUUAUUCCGUAAUAGGAAAACAGCAAAAAUAAUUAUCAAAAAUAAUUUAUAUAAUAUUUUAUUAUCAGUUGAAUGCUUAUCUGAAGACAUUUCACAAGACACGGGUCCAUACAGAGCACAUGGACACGGGGACAGUACACGGUUUAAUACUCCCUUGGUGAGAGUGCAUGGGUUUAUAGGGAUUAACCCAAUUUCAAAAAAAAAUAUGUAUAAAAUUAUAAAAAUAACGGAUUUGUUUCCUAAUAAGGAAAUAAUUAAUAGAUAUUCAGUACUAACAUUACCAGAUAUAGAAGCUAAAAUUUUCUUAUCAAUAGAUAAUAUAACUGAAUUUUCUGUAUGUAUAAAUACACUUAAAAGGUCUAUGGUGUAUAUUUGUACUAAAUACACAGAAGAAGAUAAAAUAUCCGUUAUAAAAUCGUAUUAUAAUAUAAUAAAAACUUUUAACAGUUAUAGAAUGCUUGAAGCCCUGAAUAUUAAAAAAAUAAAGGACUUAUGGACAUGUACAAAUAUAGCAGAGAAAGAAAUGAAAAAAUUUAUUAAAUUAAAUCCAGAUAGUAAAAAUUUUGAAAAAACAAAAUUUAUAUUAAAAAAUUUAGAAAUAUUUCAGUUAGAUAUACAAAUAAUGUCAACAGCGAAUAUUAUAGCAAUAAAUACAUGUGAUGCAAUUAAAAAUACAAUAGACCAGAUAAAAAUAGAAGUAAAUGCACUUGACCUGGUAAUUUCUAAGGAAUUUCAGGUAAUUAUGAAUAUAACCGUUAAAUUAAAUAAUUAUACAACAAAUUUGAUAAAAAACUGGAAUAUAUACUGCUUUGAUUCAAAAGUUCUGUAUAAUAUAGAAAUUAGCCUAAAUACCACGAUAAAUGCGUAUUUUACUCUGAUACAGAAGUAUGAUGCACUAUUUAUAGACAAAUUUAACGAAUUAAAGAAGAAAAUAUUUAAAUUAAAGGAAGAACAGAACAUAAAAGAGAAUUCUUUGCUUGUCUCUAGACAUAUUUCAUAUUUACAGUGUAUUUUAGACUAUUUAUCAGUAUGUAAAAAAAAAAGUUCGUUAUUUUUAAAUGAAAUUGAAAAAAAAUUAAUUAAUUAA